UAUAUAAAGAACUGGCGACCGAGGUACUUCCUGUUGAAGACAGACGGCUCUUUCAUUGGCUACAAAGAGAAGCCUCAGGAUGCGGACCUGCCCUAUCCCCUCAAUAACUUCUCUGUUGCAAAAUGCCAGCUGAUGAAGACAGAGAGGCCAAAGCCGAACACCUUCAUCAUCCGCUGCCUCCAGUGGACCACCGUCAUCGAGAGGACCUUUCACGUUGAUUCCCCCGAUGAGAGAGAUGAGUGGACAGACGCCAUUCAGAUGGUGGCUGACAAGCUGCAGCGGCAGGAGGAGGAGAGGAUCCAGAGCAGCCCCACCUCCCACAUCGACAACAUGGCCGAAGAGGAGAUGGACAUUUCCACAACACACCACAAACGCAAGACAAUGAGUGACUUCGACUACCUGAAGCUGCUUGGAAAGGGAACCUUCGGUAAAGUGAUCUUGGUACGAGAGAAGGCCAGCGGAAAAUACUACGCCAUGAAGAUUCUCAAGAAGGAGGUCAUCAUAGCCAAGGAUGAGGUCGCUCACACACUCACAGAGAGCCGAGUACUGAAAAACACCAGGCAUCCAUUUCUCACGUCAUUGAAGUAUUCAUUCCAGACUAAAGACCGCCUCUGUUUUGUUAUGGAGUAUGUUAACGGAGGAGAGCUGUUUUUCCAUUUGUCCAGAGAGCGGGUGUUCUCAGAGGAGCGCACGCGCUUCUACGGCGCCGAGAUCGUCUCGGCUCUGGACUACCUGCACUCAGCCAAGAUCGUGUACCGGGACCUCAAGUUGGAGAACCUGAUGCUGGAUAAGGACGGCCACAUCAAGAUCACAGACUUUGGCCUCUGCAAAGAAGGCAUCACAGACGCUGCUACCAUGAAAACCUUCUGUGGCACUCCAGAGUACCUAGCACCGGAGGUCCUGGAGGACAACGACUAUGGCCGGGCGGUGGACUGGUGGGGUUUGGGUGUGGUGACCUAUGAGAUGAUGUGCGGCCGGCUGCCCUUCUACAACCAGGACCAUGAGAAGCUGUUUGAGCUCAUCCUCAUGGAAGACAUCAAGUUCCCACGCACGCUCUCGUCUGACGCCAAGUCCCUGCUGUCUGGCCUGCUCAUUAAAGACCCCAACAAACGGCUCGGCGGAGGGCCCGAUGAUGCUAAAGAGAUCAUGAGACACAGCUUCUUCUCUGGAAUUGACUGGCAGGAUGUCUAUGAUAAGAAGCUGCUCCCUCCUUUCAAGCCUCAGGUGGCCUCAGAGACAGACACCAGAUACUUUGACGAGGAGUUCACAGCCCAGACCAUCACAAUAACCCCACCAGAGAAGUUUGAUGAGGAUGGGAUGGACUGUCUGGACAACGAGAGAAGACCGCAUUUCCCACAGUUCUCCUACUCCGCCAGUGGACGGGAAUGAACUGAACACUGCAGGUGACAUCAUCACAGCUGGACUCUGAGGUCAUCAUUGAGGUCAAGACCUGAAUCUUGGGAGCUAUCCAGCCAAUUGGAAGGAUUUUGCCCUUCUCCUUCUCUUUCCUCCUCCUCUCCUCUUCUGCUCUCCACUCUUCCUCUCUCUCAUUUUCGGUUCUCCAAUUUUAUGAUUCCCUCUUAGAGACAUUUUCUUACAGGUACAAACUCCAUGGUAAAAUUAGGCCCUUAGCUGAAUUCAUUUUAAACUACGAGAGCUUCACCAGUGGUCCGCUGUGCUUUGAGACAUGAUCGUCCUCUGAAACCUCGCUCUAAAAAGCAAAUCGGAUAUACCAUAUUGAGUUUUCUACUCAUCAUAAGGGUUAAUAGCUAAUGCUUGCACAGGAAAGGGAUAUCGGUUUGGAGCUUUUACGUUUUAUAAAGAAAGUAUUUUAAGUAAUGUUAAAUCCAAACUGCCAUUACCAGUUGUCGCUCACUCAGGCUCUAACAGACAGACACACAAACAGAAAUUCCUCACAGAAACUACUAUUCUUGGAUCAAAUGAAGCCGCCUGGUAUAGUGGAGCCACCCAGUUGUCGACAGUGACCAUAAUCCCACCCACCACACAUUUAAGGCAGGCUCGAGUAUAAUAUGACUCAGGUUUGCUCAGUGCAAUUCAUUAUUGUUGUUGCUGCUACUACUGCUAUUAUUACUACCACUGCAACUACCACAGGUACUAUUAUUACUAAUACCACUACUACUACUACUACUACUACUACUACUACCACUGCUAUUACUAAUACCCGGUGCUAAUCUCCUGUCUUUAUUCUGCAGGUCAUAAAACAGGCGCCAGCAAAACAUGAACCACCUCGUAAUGUUUGUACUCGUAUUGUUCUGUACAGCUACAGUUGACUCUCUGGUUUAGGAUAGUACUGGGAUGUCAUGCUAUUGUGUAUGUAUGUGUCAGGGUGUGCGAUUGUGUGUGUGUGUUGGGAGGGGGGGGCGUAAUAUGAGAGAGUUGGGUUUAAGAGGAUUUCUCAAAGCACAGCAGCUCUCUGGGCUUGAAGCUCCCGAAACAAAAGCUUUACCACAUUAACCAUGACGCUAAGUGUCCAGCCACCGGUUUAAAAUCAAAAAGAAGCGGUGAAGUGAAAAAGAGAGGAAGAUGGUCAGUUCGAAUGUUUUCUCAAGGGGUCUGAAUUUUCUCCCAUGCAAGCCCCCUCUCAGUUCAAAUUCAUAUUGUCCCAAAAAGGAAGAAAAAAACAAAACAAAACACAAAAACGGUACUUUGUGUACAUGAUGGAAAGCUUUACUUUGACGUAUCAUAAUCAUGGCUUGGGAACCACACACCUGUACCUCUCAUCAUUGUGCUAUUUUUGCAAAAAGAAAAGAAUGGGGGUUUGGCUAUCGCAGCGAAGCUGGAGGGGAGGGUGCAGGUGCAUGCUCCAAGAAUGAUAUGAUAUGGCAUAUUAUAAUGUGAAAACCUAAUGAUUAGAUAAGGGCAACACGGCUCAGCGUUAGCUGAUCCUCUGUGUCCUGUGACUUAUUUGCAGAAGAUUCUGAAUAAUUGGAAAGAGAUUAUUAUCUUUGUGUGGGUAUGUGACAACAGUGAUGGGUUUACACCGAUAACAGCGAUGAGUAUAAUAUAUAUGUUCUAUUUAUUGUUCUACUCAUUGGUUUUAUAUUUAACUUUUUGUAUUGUUAUAUUCUGUAAAAAUAUUAUUACUGUUGCCUCUGACCAGUUUUUAGGACUGGGCAAAAAAAAAAGGCACCUCGAAAAAUCAAAAUGGCCGAAGAAUGUAGGAGGGAAGCAAAUAGCCUUCCUGCUCCGUUUUUUAUUUCUAAUGAUGUUGGUUUGUUCUUGCGUUGUUAUUUGACCAAAAUGUGACGGGGAUGAGGAAGCAGGACGCAUUAAAGAAAAACGUAGAGGAUGGUUUUGGAUCAAUGCCGCUGCCAUGGCCCCCUUUUGUUGUAAAUUAAGAGAGAGAAAAAUAAUAAUAUGGGCAGCAUUUUGGAUGGGGACAAACAGUUAAUAGUGUUUUAAUCGCUGCUUUAUCUCCACUUCAGAUUUCCAUUUACAAUCUGCUGUCUGCUUUUCAAAAGCUCUAAAAAUUCAUGUUCUUUACGAAUGAAUUAUUCCAUGCUAGAUGUUUUCAUCACUCCAAGUACAUGAGCAAUUCUGUGGCGGGUAUCCCUUUUAGGAAGGCGUGAUGUAGUUCAAAAUGAAACAGGAAGUGCAAGUUGAAGUGACAGGAAGUGUUCUACUGAGGUUAGCAGUACCGUAAGUUGCAUACUGUAAGUAUGACUGCUAAGAGGAUGCACUAAUUGUACUUACGUAUUCAAAUGGUUGGUUUGUAGAGGAAGUUGAAAGGAAGAAGGUUUGGCAGAAAGAAAUAUAAAGAGUGCUUAGUUUGUAAUGGCAGGCAUCUGUUGUGCAUUUGAGAUGAUCAACAACCGCCAAACACAUUAGCUCAUGUCGUGUCAUGGCUAUUGAUAUGGUUAGCGUUUAAAAGUUUAAUUUGAAAGAGAGCGAGCACUCAUGUCUUCAAAUUAUCAUCUUUUAUUCAUACAGUCGGGCAACGUUAUCUGAGGUUAGCAUGGGCUUAAGUGCAGAGUUGAAGUUCACCACUGCAAAACCUUUGGGCCGUCUCUGCCUUUAAUGUGUGGUAUCAUUUCUUGGGUCUGGAGUCUUUUUUUUUUUUUUUUUUUUGUGGCUCUCCAGUCACUAUGUCUUCCAGCUUGGCCUCUGUUGAAUGAGAUUUCAAAUCUUUCCGAGUGGCAUUGACUUCAACAAUAACCUGAAAACUCGCUCGGGUGAUACGGAGCCUGAUCAUUUGUUUGAGAAGUACAUGAGUCAAGAAAAACGAUCAAAUCUUCUUUUUGAGAAAUGUUAUCAUGAAAGAUUUGGAAUCUGUAUUGAUCAAAGUCUGCAUCCCACAAACGUUUAUGUACAUGUGUGUUUUGAGCAAGGCGGACACGACACCUUUGAUUCACCUGCGACAGAGCUAGAGGAGAGUAGUCGUUGAUUUGCUCCUAUUAGGCAUAGAACAUUGUAUUCCGAUAUAUUUAUUUGAAUGUUUUUAUUACCAUUGAUGAUGGAUAACUUGAAUUUCCAUUUUUUAUUUUAUUUAUUCGAUUGUCAUUUUGUUGUUUUUGGAGAUUAGCAGUCUGGAGAUUAUAGUUGUGUUUCAUGCUGAGGUUGAGGUCUUAAAAAGAUCGUGUUCUGUCAGUAAUUUCCUUCUUCUUACCUUUUAGCCAUUGCUGAAACCACGGGGUAACUACUUUUCAGCUACCCUUAAUUCCACUUGCUUUGUUAUUCCACCAUUAAUCCCAAUUAACUUGCUAAAAGACGCUUUGCGAUGAAGAGUUUGAAGGAACGGCACUGGCCGUGCAGUCGGUCCUGAGUCAAAACAGCACUCGGAACGCCUAUGAAAAAUACUUCUCUGUGAUCGAUUGAGCCUGUCUGGCACAGCUGAAGCCCCUGAAUAGUUCAAAAUGAGUACAAAUCCUACCCAGCUGGCACUCCCGACAGGCUCCAGCAAACGCUCCAAGUAUUUGGAAGGAUUUCAGCUUAUUUGACCCAGGUCUGCAAGCUACUGAGGAGUACUAGCUGUGUGUGUGCACCAAACGCCAAAAAUCAUUAGAAACCAGAGUUCAUAAAAUGCCACUUUGUAGCUAUGGCCACAGUAAUCUCACAUCCAUCGCUUUUUAAUACAAUUCAGAGGAAAGAGAUUCAGCCCUGCCUGAAAGGAUGAAUUUUUUUUUUUAGGGGGACGAGGAGAGGCGGCGGGGGAGGGGGGGUUCUGUUGAAAAUGAGAAUUUGAAAGCACAUCUUCUCCACAAACAACUGACACCAAUUGAUGUGACUCUAUUUAAAAAAAAAUUUUAAAAAGGGAAAAAAGUGCUUUGUGGAGUUGGCAAGGCCUUGGUGAUUGUUUUCCAUGCCCCCGAGAUGCCCUAGAUGAGGCAGCGACAGAGGAACCAAUGCUAUCGCAGGAGUCUGACAGCGCGAUGUAGAUCAUGUACAGUGGGAGAUUUCCCCAAGCCGGUCAAUCUUAAUGUUUUAAGGCGUUUGGAAUAAAUCCCAUGAAAUAGUCAUGGCACAUCUACCUGUCUUACUCCUUUGAUGUGAAUCCUGUGAAUCCUUCUCCACCCCAGCUUUAAGAUGCUGCCUCCCCGUAAGCCUUUAGUACCGCCUCGUAUUUUCUCUCUCAGCCCUCGUGCAGACUACUAAAGUGCGCAUACCGGUAGCAUCAACGGUAAACAACGCAAGAGAUGGAUGGAUGAUGGUCUUUUCUGAACUCUGCAAUCUUUUGAGGAGGGUUGUUCAGUAUAGCAACAGAUUCGUGCGAGAACGUAUCGGACUCCAGGGUCAGAGGUCGGAGGCAGCGGCAUUCCUCCUACUAAACAAGAGGUGAGGCCUAUUGAUCCUCUCGACCUGUGACUACGUUGGCUAUGCCCUUAAAAUAACAGCAUGUUUAUCAAGACUAUGAAUUAGAAGAGGGCGCAGUUUUAAUUAUCCUUCAGAUUUACUGAAACUGGAUGUUGAACUAUUCCAUCCUCGUCUCUUUAUAGCUUUACUCCAAACCAGUUCCCACCAACGGUGUGAAACUGCAGUGUGCGAGAUGUUUGAAACUGUAGUGACGGUGUUCACUUUUACGCUGCUACUGUUCGUACUGUAUAUCUCAGCAGAACAGAUCUGACUCCGGUAGUCUUGGAAUAACAAUAUGCAGAAACCUUUCAAAGACUUCAACGGCUCUCAAUUGAUCCUGUCCGGUGUUGAUGACCAAAUGACUCCGGCCUAAAAACCUGAGCGUAAUGUAACGGGAAGGACUUCUGACAGUAUUUGACCUCGAUUACAGAAUCCCUUCCCCCUCUUUUCUCUCUCUCUCUCUCUGGCACUAGUGAAUUGUCAUCAUGAUUAUCAGCAUGAAAAGCAUUUAUUUAAGAAGCGCAAACAAAAAAAGGCUAACCUGUUGGGGGAAAAACAAACUAUGAAGUGUAAGUGACUUUUAAUUCCACCUCCAUGUCCAUCUAGCUUUACGGUUUCUUGAGACGUGUCUCGGCAGCUUGCAGCUGUUAGCAACGCAGGGCCGCGUUUCCCAAAUCGACAUUGCGACGUCAACGUUGUUCUUUUGUAAGCCAACGGGGUACAGAUGUUAGAGCUGCGAGACUCUGCUGGGAAACCAAGUGUAUCCUGAAAGAUUAUUAGAGCAAGAAAGAAGAAGGCCUUUUUUCUGUCUAUCAUGCUACCAACAUACAGUGCUACUUGCAUCCGUGAGGCUCAAUUUCCUGGCCAGUGGAGACCCACAAGGAUGUGAAAACAACAAAUUACCAUCAACAAGAAGCUGGUUUUUAUGCUGUACAUCCUUCGUAUUUUUACACAUAAAAUGUAUAUGAUAGGGAUGCACAUUAUUUUCCUUCUUACAGACAGCUGCAAUAAAGCACUAUGUCAG